CUCAAUAUGCAGUCCCUACUCCUCGACUUGUCCAGCCACUUCACGCCAGCGGCAGACGGCCAAGCUCCGCCGACCGCUCCGCCGACCGCUCCGCCGACCGCUCCGCCGACCGCUCCGCCGGCCGCCAGCCUAGCGCUGACGCAGCGCGACCGCGUCACGAUGGCAACCAUCACGCCGCCGCAGUCUCUCGACUCGCCCGUCCGCGCCACCUGCGGGGCGCACUGCCUCGUCAUCGACGUCUCAUACUCGAUGGAGGCAUCGGCGACCGUCAAAAGCACGACCGGCGACGACAUCGACCACGGCUUUAGCCUCCUCGACAUCGCCAAGCACGCGACGUGCACUUACGUGGCCUCGCUCGCCGACGACGAUUGGGUCUCGGUCACGUGCUACGCCACUGAGGCGAGGAUGGUGAUCGGCUGGACCGAGGCCACCGAGCAAGGCAAGGAGGCGCUGCUCGCUGCCAUCCGCUCGCUCAAAGAGGAGGGGUCGACCAACCUCACCGCGGGCAUCGGAUGCGGCUUCCGCAUCUUUGAGGAGGAGCUGCCUCCUCCGGUGGCCGCCAACCCGAGCGACUACGCCAUGCUGCUCGCGGUCGCCACUGACGGGCGGCCCAACAACAACACUCACCCGCCCGGCGGCCUCGACGGCUACUCUGCCCUCGUGCAGGAGCGCUCCGCCGCAGUCGCGGCAGCCCAUGGCAGCACCGCCGCCGCACCCGCGGUCGUCGCCAUCGGUCUGGGAAACGAUUUGGACUCGUCGCUCCUCCUCUCCUUUUCGGACGCAUUCUUGCACAUCCCCGACCCAGGCUCGGUCGCCCCCUUCAUGGUCAACCUGUUGGCCGCGACGCGGAGCACCGCCCGUGUCGCCACCGACUCUGGCGCCGUCGUCGCAGCCAACAGCACCUACCUCCGUGUGUCGCCGGCAUCGGCCGUGGCGUCGGUGCCGGGCUGGGGCGAGGCGUUCCUCGACGGAGAGGAGGUAGUCGUGCCCAUCGGGGCGCUGCUCUUUGACCAGCCGCGCCACAUCCUCAUCGUCGGAGCAGACGGCGCGGAGCCGCUUGCCUGCCGCCUGACGGUUGAGGGCUCGGAGGUUGCGGCGUGCAGCGCGGCACGCCUCCUUCCGGCCGCCGGCGCCGAGGAGGAGGCGCGCUUCUGCGCAGAGGUGGAGCGCACCUGCGCCGUGUGCGCACUGGCGCUGCAGGAGCGGCGGCUGAGCUUGGUCGACCGGCUGCUCGACGACGACGUGGCGCAGCGUCUCGCGCGCGAGGGCGGGCGCGUGGGUGACCUCACCUUCUCCCUGGUUUGGAACGACGAGUCGGACCUCGACCUGUGGGUGACCAUGCCUUCGGGAGAGAAGGUCUUCUACUCCAACAAGAAGUCGCGCUGCGGGGCCGCAGAGCUCGACGUCGACAUGAACGCGUCUCACCCCAAGUCCAAGGAGCCGGUCGAGAACGUCUACGUCGGCGACGCGGAGGCGGGCGUCGUCGCCCCCGCCGGCAAGUACAAGGUGGAGGUCAACAACUACGCGUACCACUCGUCCGAGGGGCUGCCCGAGCCGCGGAAGAUCGCCUUUCGCGUUCAGGUCCGCCUCCACGGCGACACCACGGACUACACCGGCGUCGUUCGGGCCGCCAAGGACACCGUGGCCGUCUGCGAGAUUGAGUACGCGGGCCGCGCGGCGUGCGGAGGCGGCGACGCCCUCGAGCGCGAGCGCAUGGCGGCGGCGCGAGCUCGCAAGGCCGAGGAGACGCAGCGCCUGCGGCAGACGGUGCCGCCCACUCUGCUCGAGGAGGCGACGGCGCUCCUCUCCGCCGGCCCGCUCAAAGAGACGCUCACGGACGAGGCGCUGCUCGCCACCCAGCCAGCCAAGUUCCGCGCGUGGGGCCGCCACUACCUUACGACACUGCCGCAGAUGCUGCGCGCCGAGCGCCGCUCCAACUUUCGAGACGCGUGCCUGCAGCUGUUCGGGAGGGACGCCUCAGGCCGCGAGGCGCUCUUCGACAGCCUCUCGAGCGAGUCGGAGCUCGCGUUUGCGAGGCUCGCGCCGCCACAGCCCUCCAACCUCGAGCGGAUCGCCCGCACUGCGGCCGCCCAGUGCCAGCGCGCCAGCGCGUACACCUCAAUGCCGGAGGAGUUUAUGCGCGGCGGCGGCUGCUUUGCGCCCGAGGCAGAGGUUCUCUGUGUCGAGGGCGACGGCUCGGAGCAGCCCACGCCGGUCGCCGGGUUGGUGGCAGGGUCUCAGAUCCGGACGCCGGGCGGGGUGGCCACGGUGCGUUGCGUCGUCGAGAGCGCGUGUGAUGGCGGCGUCGCGACGCUGACGGAGCUGCCGGGCGGGCUGCAGCUGACAGAGUGGCACCCCGUGCUCGACGGCAGCGGGAAGUGGCGGUUCCCGCACAUCCUUGGGCGCCGUGUCGCCCGCCGCUGCGGCUCUGUCUUCAACCUCGUGCUUGCUUCGGAGCACGUCGCUAUCGUUGGCGGCGUGCCGUGCGCCACGCUCGGCCACGGGCUGCGUGGGCCGGUCGUCGGGCACCCCUUUUGGGGGACAAACGCGGUCAUCGAGCUACUGCGGCGGCAGCCCGGCUGGGAGGCCGGGCGUGUUUUCCUUGCGAAGGGGCUGCACGCUGCCUAGCUGCUACCAGGGUUUCGAUGCACACACACGCACCAGCGUUCAGCCAACACCACACCGUGUUUCGACCCCGUCGCGGCUGAGCUUGGUCGCGGCCCCUGUGUGUCGCGGAAAACAAACCAUGGGACGCCAGGUGUCGCUCCUCAUCAUCAGCCCUGUCAGCAGUCCACCGUCGGGUAUGUUCGGGUGAGGCAUAAAAAGAAUUUAA